AUGAUCCUGCUUGGAAAUGGAGUCCUCCUCUCAGUGAUCAUCUAUGAUUUUCACCUGCACACCCCCAUGUAUUUCUUCCUCUGUAAUCUUUUCAUCCUGUACAUUUGUUAUACAAGCUCCUCUGCUCCACUAAUUCUUGACAGCUUUCUGACAGUAAGGAAAAAGGUUUCCUUCUUUGGAUGUAUGGUACAAAUGUUCCUCUCUUUUGCCAUGGGGGCCACUGAGUGGGUGCUUUUAGGCAUGAUGGCACUUGACCACUAUAUGGCCAUCUGCUAUCCACUGAGAUACCCUGGCAUCAUGACCAAGGGUGUCUAUGUGCCCAUGGCAGGUGUAUCCUGGGUCCUUGGGCUUGUUGACUUAGUGGCACAGCCAUCUUUCACAAUGUAAUUACCAUUCUGCACCAAUAAUGUCAUUCAACAUUUUUUCUGUGAAAUUCUGGCUAUCCUGAACCUGGCCUGUGCUGAUAUUUCACCUAAUGUAAUCAGCAUGGCAGCGUCAAAUCUGAUUGCUCUAGUUGUUUUCUUGCUAAUAAUUUCCAUCUCUUGUAUUUUUAUUGUUGCCACUAUCUUGAGAAUUUCUCCCACGGGAGGAAAACGUAAGGCCUUCUCCACCUGCUCAGCCCACCUCACAGUGGUGAUUUUAUUCUAUGGAACCCUCUUCUUCAUGCAUGCAAAGCCCAAGCCUAAAACCCCUGCUGAUACAGUUAAUCAAGACAUCUUUGAGUCUCUCCCGGCCCUCAUCUCCCUCUUCUAUGGGGUGAUGAUUCCCAUGCUCAGCCGUCUCAUCUAUAGUCUGAGGAACAAGGAUGUAAAGGCUGCUGUUAAGAAUAUGUUGGGUAGGAAAGACUUUUCUGAUGACAUGAAUACUUGUUUACACCACGUGAUUCAGUAUUAA